AUGGAUUUCGAGGUCUCCAUCAGUAGACCUUCUGACAGGUUCUGCGCUGAGGGUGGACAGCAUCCAGAGGAGAUGCGAAACCUGUGUCUCGAGAUCAUCCACGAUAUGGCAGUGGAUGCAGAUGGGCGGGAGAACCCAUCUACGCAACCCGAUAUUAAGGGAAAGGGAAGGGCCAAGGAGCAGUAA